ACUUUUACUAUUACUAUUAAGCUCUAAUUUGGAAUCUACAAAGAAAUUUAUAAAUCGGACGUGAACCAUAGGGAUUUUAUUUUUAUUUUUUCCGAACAGGUUUUCUAUGGUUGCGAGGUUAUAUACUUUUAGGUUAAUUUCUCAAAAUUUUUAAUUAAAAUGACCUCCUCGCGACAAUACAUCCAACAAAUAUCCGAUUUACUUAAAAUAAAAGUCGCCAAUCUAAAUGAGGAAAAUGGAGUGUCGUGCACCAUAAAUGGAAAACAAGUAUCCGGUUUUGUUAAUAUCAUCAAUGUUCUAUUAUCUGCAUCUAAAACAAAUUUAGCAGGGUCAAAUGAACUAGAAAACCUUCAAAUAUAUCAAUGGCUUGAAUAUGCAUUAUUGUACGCUGCUCAUUGUAACAGUGUACAUAAUAUUCAACAAACCUUAGGAGAACUUAACUCAGUAUUAGCAACAAAAACGUUCAUUGCUUCAGUCAGCAAGCUUACAAUUGCUGAUGUUCUUCUGUAUUAUAUUUUAUAUAAUUUAAUUGAAAGCUUGGCUUAUUUGGACAAAGAGAAAUACAUUCAUGUGUCCAGAUGGUUUAAUAAUGUGCAACAAGAUUCAAAAAUAAGACAGUCAAAUAAAAUGAUUGAUUUUAGAUCCAAUUUUCUUGUAAAUUUAGCACCAGCCAGGCAUUUUUAAUUUUACCUUAUUUAUUUAUUUAUAACAUGAAUGGAAGCAGUAUUGUCCCAACAGUUUUUGUUUGGAUAAAAUAAAACACAUCUCACAACAUAA